UGCUUGGGUUGGUUAAUUAAUGUAAGAAUGUGGCAGCUAGCUAGAUAAUAGCGCUUGCUUAUCUUAGUAUUAAAGUUAUAGGCCAGUGUUCAAUAGCUAGCUACGUCCACUAUUAAAGAGAUUCAUCACUGUCUACUGUUUAAUGGCUGCAGCCCAGCACCGACUUCAAAAACCGAACAUGUUCCGAAGAAUCCUUUCCCCAAGAGAUCGAACUAAACAAGCACCAGUGAAACAAGACAAAGCACUAAGGACCUCAAGUAUGUCAGAUAUGAACAGUCAUCGUAGAGACAUCCAACUGCAAGGAAGCAUAGAAGUGGAAAACACAGAAUAUAGAGACCCAGAACAGAUGCAUCAACAGUACCCUCCAGCUCCCCCUGCAUCAAGUGCCUAUCGUUCACAAUCGAUGAUAUGCUCACCAGUAGACGGUAGCAACCCUCCCCUGCCCCCUAGAAACAACAGGCCUAUAUCGUUCAGCACCGGUAGUCAUCCACUAGCACUCCAGAGAAAGCAAAGCAACGAUCCGGAAGAGUCUUCUUUGUAUAUGGAACCAGCAAACACUUUAAAGAACACUGCCAGUAUAAAGAACGCUGCCAGUAUGUCCAACUACGUACAAGUCGAGCCGAGUGAGGCAUUGCCAACGAGAAAAGACCUCAAGAAAAUGACAUUGUACCGAGAGACGAUGGAACAAAGUAUAGAACAGAAAAGUGGUGGUGGUCAUAGACGUGUGCGAUCGUUUGGUCAUGUUAUUGACAAUUCUGAGUAUAGUACGCCAUUUGAUUUACUUAAACAAAAUAACCAAGCAAAACUGAAAGGAGAAGCUGUGUUACCUGAAUCCGUGCAGACCUAUCUAUACAACCAACCAAUUAGAUCUGCCUCGGAUAGACCACCUCCUAAACCUAAGACUACGAGAAGGAUUCACCAAACUGAACCAACUCCUGCCGACACGGACGUUUGUAUUCCUGUGAUUUCCCCAACGCCCCCAGGGCUGUCUAAUCGCUCGCACACCAACUCACCAAGCUCCCCUCACAGCACACACAGCUCAGAGCAGGAGCUGAUUCGCGAUGACGGUACCAAUGAUUACGAUGAACCGUGGGACUCCAAGUUUAAAAACCUUACCCGUAUGCGUUCAAACACAACAAAGUCUGAUAGUCAAGUACACCACGACCAUCUAAAUGAUAGAGCCUCCCCGCCCUCACCUGGCUCAUUUGAACGUCCACAACGACCUUACCGUGAGAGAGAUCCAAUUUCCAUCUCCCCUGAGUUGCUGAUUGACCGUCCAUUGGCAUUUGUGAAAGGUGGUCUCGAAAGAAGUUCUGGCAGAAGAGAAGGCAGUCCCUCUCCCCUCCCCCCUACACGUGAUGGCCGCUCAGUAUCUUCCGCUCAAGCUCCGUUUAAUGCCAGUCAUCAUCGAUUUGACCACGGAGAUCGAACAAGCUUUGUGAGCAUGAGUAAACGAGUAUUGCCCCCUACCCCUACUGCUGACAGAAAUGAUAGGCGUAUUCUGACCAGAGAGGGCUCUCCUCCACCUACUAUCAUUGAUAUCUCUAUCCCUUUGCAAGACCAGCCGUGGUACCACGGCUCCAUUAGUAGAUCUCAGGCAGAGGUCAUCUUGAACGACCAACCAGACUUUAGCUUCUUGGUUAGGGACAGCGAGAGUAACAACACUAACUUCUCUCUAUCUAUCAGGGACUUCAUGACUGGGUUCAUCCACUUGAGAGUGAUCAAAGAAUUUCCACCCAACCCUGGCUACGUCCUCGGGCAGUUUAGCGGCAACUUCGAGACGGUACAAGAGUGCAUCUCCUUCUACACUAAGGCAAAGCUAAACAUUCGAAAUGCUGAUCACAAGAGACUGGGACUCCCUAUACCCCGGCCCAACCAGCUGGCUAAGUACCGAAUGUAGCAGCAGCUGUGUGUAUUGUACGUGUGAGAAGGAAUUUGAACUGUUUGAUUGUGUGUGACUACAUGUGUGUAAAUCAAUUUUUGUGUGUAAAUUAAAUUGAAUCAUUUUGUUCUAUCGUUUGAUCGUUAGUUUGUGCGUUGUAUGAUUUCACAGUAAGUGUCAAUUUUAAAUAA